UAACCCAUACAAGCGGAAAUUUGGGCCAAAGGGCAAUGUACAUUUGGAUGGCUAACGUUAGUUAGCUAUUUCUAGGGCUAAUUUGUACGCUAACGUCGGUACAUUUAAAACAUUAUCACUGUCGAUACGUUUUGGUAGCAGAAUGUCAGAAGGGGACAGUGUUGGGGAGUCAAUCCAUGGGAAACCAUCUGUAGUCGCUGCCUUUUUCACACGGAUUGGACAGGUCUAUCAGUCAUGGCUAGACAAGUCAACGCCAUUCUAUGCAGUGCGAUGGGCAGCCACUCUACUACUUACUGCUGUCUACAUGAUCAGAGUGUACAUACUACAGGGUUGGUAUAUAGUAACAUAUGCUUUGGGAAUCUACCAUCUCAACCUGUUCAUUGCUUUUCUAUCGCCGAAAGUGGACCCCUCACUGCUUGACGAAGACGAGGGCCCAUCCCUUCCUACCAAGCAGAACGAAGAGUUCCGCCCUUUCAUCAGGAGGUUGCCUGAAUUCAAAUUCUGGCAUUCAGCGACAAAAGGCAUCGUCAUCGCCAUGAUUUGCACAUUUUUUGAAGCCUUCAAUGUGCCAGUGUUCUGGCCUAUACUUGUAAUGUACUUCAUCAUGCUCUUCUGCAUCACCAUGAAGCGGCAGAUCAAGCAUAUGAUCAAGUACAGAUACCUACCCUUCACACAUGGGAAGAGGACAUACAAAGGCAAGGAAGACAACACAGGGAAAACUUUUGCUAGUUAAAAUCUCCCCAUUACCCUUCCCCACCUUCCCAUUUUAAAUUUAUUGAUCACAGCUAGUGGGAAUGACAAGGGUUAGAGAUUUUUUUUUUUUUUGUAAGCGGGACAGUAACAUUAUUAUAAGAUUACAUGAAAAAAAAGAGUUUGAUCCAUGGUUCAGUGUUGGAUGAGGAUAUGAGCAGCAUGGAUCAAAUUAGUCUUUGUCUAUUAAGCGGUAGGAUUUUUUUCUUGAGGACCCCGAUCCUCAUUUUAGGAUUGGUCUGCAUUUAUUCAGUAGUAGGUGAGACUCUGCCUUUUGCCUUUUUAACCCCAUGGGGUAAGUAUAAAGUCACCAAGAAGGAUCCACACUGAAAAAAAGUUGCAGUGAAAUUUGUGGAUUUUUUUUUCUUUUUUCAUUUCUUUGUUAAUUAUAAUUUUUUUCGAUGAUGGUGAUUCCAGUACAUCUCCUUCUCUCAAGCGAAAUAAAUCUGCCAACUUUUGAUCAAUAUAUUGGUACCUACUUAUUUGUAACGAGUUAAAUAUUGAAAGUCAGUAGUGUUAAAAAAAAAAAAAAAGAUUAGAUGUGUGAGAUGAAAUUUGAAAGUCUUCAAGAUGAAUCAAUUCAUCUUUUGUGAUAAAAGUGUGCAACUGCCCUGGCUCAUAAGUGUCUUAGACAGUUGUCAUCUGUACCAAAUGCAGACACUUUGGAGAAAUUAGUCACAUUUCACUUGAAUAUGCAUUCAUGACAGACAGAAAAACACAAAGCAUAAUUGUUGUUCUGAAAUGAUUACACUCGGCACACUUAAUUUUUGAUUGAUGUUUAUCUUGAAUUGGCAACUAAUUCAAUGCUUAGUAUUACCUGAUUUUGACUUGCAUAGCCCAGCAUCAAUAUGGAUGAUUAACAGUGACUUGACUUAAAUCUUGAGCCACCCACAACAUUGAAUGCAUAAUUUGAAGCGAGUGUCACUAAUCCCAACCCAUUUAGUCUCCUGUAGUCUACCUUUCAGUUCUUUUUACUUUUGCGCCUUUUGUAGAAUUCAACAGAUUGGAUAUUGUGUUGUUGAGCACCCCUAUAAACCAGAUAAUUUUGCAUUAUUUUAGGGGCUGUUUAGCUUGAAAUGGCAAGUCAAGAACUGUGUUUUUGUCAGAUUUUUACACCAUUGUUUCCUUAAUAUUCAAAAUAUACUUUGUCUUUAAAGUGUAAAACCAGUAUUCAAGUCCAAUUCCUAACAAGGUCUAAUCUGAGAUACUAGUUUAGCAGUUACAUGAUUAUCCUGACGACCUUUUCACUUUGAAACAUUUAGUCAUCUGUGUUUCAAAGCCUGGGGUCCAUUCGAUUCAUGUAGACUAGCCUUUGUAGUACUUUAUAAUCUGUGUUUCUUUGAAAAACAUUAUGGUAAAUAUAGUCAUUCCAAGCAAACUUUUGUUCUCUUUCUUUUUCAGAGGAAACAUAAGAAAAGAGAGCUUGAGAGCUUUUAUUAAAACAAAUGGAUGAAGUGGGUGGCGAUCACACUUUCUUUUCUCUAAAUCUGUUGAUUUUUUUUCUCUCCAUUUUUAUCAGACUGCUGGAGAUUAUCUGUCAUUAUUAAACUUUGAUCAGCACUGUAGUAAGGGAUCAAUACAUUUACCUGUAAAAAGUUUGUGUUUCAAAAGGGUUGUCUGGAGGAUUUGUAUAUAUAUAUAUAUAUUUUAAAAUAUGAAAUUUUCUUUUGAGAUUAUUUUUAUUUUUGUUUUUUCUUCCAACCACCAUAUUGUUUCCAAGUGUGUAAAUCCAUUUCAGUUGAAAUUGAUAAAAGCAGAACUGGUUAAUUGGGUUCUUGAUUUGAUGAAUUAAAUAUGUUUCUCAUGGAUUGCAUGUUAUUGUUUUCUUGUGCUACAGUUAUAAACAAAAACUUGAUUUUAAUAACUUAAAUGUAAUUUUUUCACUCCAAAUGCUAUUAAAGAGGCUGUGUCCCUUCAAACAGUA